AUGAGGUUUCUCAAAGUCUUGCUUUUUUCCAUCGUAAUCUUCGCUACCUUUGCUACCGCUUUGGACAAGAGGGGAGACACACCUUCCGACGGCUCUACCUUUGACUGGAGCACGGUGUCCGACAUCGAGCGCGGGAAGUGGCCCUCUGAUGCCAGAGCAUGGUGGAGCCCAUGGAUCACUCGGCACCGGAAGAUCCUCAUCUUGGAACACGAGCUCAACAGAUUGAGGAAGACUGGUGAUGCUGGCCCAGGACAGCAUCCUAAGGGGAGGUUUCGUCAAAUCGUUGAGCAGAAAAUCUUGAAGAGAAAAGGAAGGGCUGUAGUUCAGCCAGAUGAAAGCCAAACCGGAUUCAAGAGCAAGGCGAGACGACGUCUUGCAUUCCAGGAGAGUGAAGAUGACGACGAGGACGACGGCGAAAGAACCGCUCGAGCAACUGCGAUGACGACAACGAUUGGCGAGCAGAACCGAGUUGAGAACAGAAACGGCCCUCGGCGGCUGCAGCGGGCGCGUAGCAUCGCGAGUAUGCAAAUGUAA